CGCGUGAACCAAGGGGAGAAGUACGCCGAAGGAACACGCACAGGGGCGCAGCAGGGACUGGGGCCGUCGCUACGUGUCCCCCCCACCCCCACCCCGGCCCGCCCCGCACAGCGCGGGUUCCGGGGACGGAUCUGGGUCGCGGGAAGCGGCGGCUGGGAGGAGGUCACGUGUCUGCGGGAGUCGCGUCUCCUCCCAGCCUCCAGGAGCCGCCCGGGCCGCGGCCACGGCGCGCGCUGCUGCAGUCUCCCGAGUCCUGGGCGGAGACGCGCCGCGUCUGGCUUCGUGACUCCCGCGGCGGCGGCGGCGGCGGCGGCCCAGGCUCACCCCGGCAAGAGGAGACGCUCGCGGUCCGUCCACUUCGUCUCGGGAGAGGGCCCUUGAAGAUGGACACAUGGAAGUACAGUGUAGAAAAGGCUAACGUUGACCAGCUGUUCACCAUUUCCACUGAGCAAACCAAGCCGAACUCUAAUGUGAAGACUUCAGCUGGAAAUAGGCAAUACCAGCCACAACCGUCUGAUUUGAAGUCCUACUCUUCAGACAGCCCUUCGGAGAGGUUCCAUAGCUCCACACUUGUGCACGAAUGGGGGAAGUGCUGUCAGCCCGUGUUCGGUCGUCUGCUUAGUGGCCUAUCUUGGUUUGUUUAUGCUUUGUGUCUCAUAUCAAGUUGACGAACGGACAUGUAUCCAGUUUGUUAUGAAACUCUUGUAUUUCCUGCUGAGUGCUGGGGGCUUGAUGGUCUGCGUGCUGGCCGUGGCCUUUGCCGCCCACCACUAUUCGCAGCUCACCCAGUUUUCCUGCGGGUCGGCUCUCGACGCCUGCCACUGCAAGCUGCCCUCCGAGGAGCCCCUCAGCCGGACCUUUGUGUACAGGGAUGUGACCGACUGUACCAGCAUCACGGGCACGUUCAAACUGUUCUUACUCACCCAGAUGAUUCUUAACUUGCUCUGCGGCCUCGUGUGCUUGCUGGCCUGCUUCGUGAUGUGGAAACACAGGUACCAGGUUUUUUACGUCGGUGUCAGAAUGUGCUCCCUCACGGCUUCCGAAGGCCGGCAGCAAAAGGUCUAGCGUUCUUGCUGGAAGGUGGGAGAGGAAUCAGCCCACUGACUAGCUGAGGUCAAAAAAGAGAAAGGAAGAGAGAGAGGAAGAGAGAGAGAAACUUUUGACAGUAAUAACUAAUAGUUACUGUUCUAAAGGAAUAUUUUUGUAUUUUUCAGGAAAUAAAAGCAUCUCUUCAGGUUUCUAUAGUAUUUUUAAAAACCUUUUACAGGGAAAAUCAGAUCCAAAUUGACUUUGGGACGUUAAAGGAACACGGAACAGGGAAAGAACGGCAUGCGUCUAUCCUUGCUGCCUGGAAUUUCCUCCUCCUAUAGAUUUCCCCCGCCUUCUGAAAGUAGAGCAUUCCCACCCAUGCAAACUUUCAUAAACUGAAAUGGUGUAAAGCGAAGAAGUUGUUUUGUAGAAGUGAAAAUUCUUCCGAUUUCUUUCGAUUAGCGAAAACUGGUACUCACAUGGCUAUUUUGUAAAGCAAAGUGGCACAAAGCAAACUUUCGGAAAGUGGGGGAAACCUGUCUUCAUUUUAUUCAUCAUUUGUACAAUCUUCUUUCCUGUGAGUUCAGUUUAUAGCGUGAAUUGGCAUUUCAGGCUCACUUGCUAAAUUAUGCCGUCUUUUCCAGAAUUUUCCACCCACACCCCCACCUUAUCUCCACUGUCUUAGAGAAAGGCAGGGGGUGGGGAAGAGCUGAACAGCCAGGUUGAGUCUCUAUUUUCCCUGGUAGAGAUGUCUCCAAGGCAUGAAACAGCUUGAAGGUGCCGAGUAGAAAAGGGAGAGACUUCGCAAAGGUUGAAUAAUUAUAAACACCUGGGCUGGGGCCAAGGCCCUUUUCCCCUCAGCCCCCUUAGUUUGGCUCUGCAAGUGGAUCCCUAACUAAAUGCUUUGGAUGAUUGUCUGCUUCUCAAUAAUUGAAAGUUGGUGGUAGUUGUAUUCUUAAUGAUGUAGAAGGCUCAAAAAUAAUUACAUUAUGCUUCUAUUCUAUCAUCUAAAACAAAUCAUUAAAACUAAUUUCUACCUAAUUGUUAAUUAUAAUUAUGCUCCGAAGCCUACUUAAUGAGCCCUGGCUGUUCUUACAUAGCACCAUCAGAGAAAUUACUCUCACAAGAGAGGAGGCUUAAAGAUUCUUUCUUCUGAAAGCCAAGCUUUACAAGGGAGAAGAGAAAAGUUUUUUAUUAAUAGCUCAGGUUAAAAAUACUCAUUUAAACAAAAACAAGAGCAUUUGUAAUGGGCAAUGUUUGUACAAAUAGCACAUUUGUGAUAUGUUGUGAAGUAUCUCUCUUGGCAGCUAAGUACUUUUGAGGAAGAUUGGGAAUGCCAAUGCGUUCCAUUCAUAAAAGUGUAUCUGAUAUGUUAUCCUAUUAUUGACUUCUAUGCACAGUCCACCCAGAGACUUCAACUCCUGUUUUGAAGUCCUGACUUGAGCAUCUGCCCGCUGACGUGGAAAGUAGUUUUUAUUUUGUUUUGUUUUUAAGUUACCGCGACUUUGAAAAAAAGCACAAGUACCCUAUGAUGGGAGUCUUCUCUCUCUUAUUAUCAAGUUCUGAACAAUAUCCAUGUCUUAAGGACGGAGCUCAGAAUGCAAAUUCAUGCAGCAUAAAUGUUAUCAAGAUCUUUCUCUACUGGCAUGCUCUAUUGAAAUCAGAGAUUCAAGAUAAUAAUGGAGAUGAAUUUGCCUCUCCACAUUGCCUAUUGAUAGACUCCACUAGUCAUGAAUUUCAAACCUAAAAGAAAAGCAUUUUCUUGUUUGCCUUAGAAGAUAGUCGAACAAUCCCAUUGAUUGCGACAGUGGUGUCAGUUUCUACACAAUAUAAAUAUCCAAGUAAAAAGAAAAACAUUAAGUCGGUAAGUUGGAGGGUUGUAAAUAGCUUUUAUGUUCCCCAGAUAAAACACCUGAUUAACAGAUGUGAAAAUCUUUUUUAUGUAUUGACUCGCUUUAAAAACGGCCUUCCUGCACAUGAGCUCAGGCCAAGAACUCACAUUGGAGGGCUUAGUGGAUAAAAUCCUGGGGGCAGAGGUUUGAUCACACACAAAAACUAUAGCGAGAGAACACCAAGCAUCCUGAUGACGACCUGAAAAAUACUCUGUGCGCUGUUAAAAAAAAAAAACAAAACAAAAAACAAUAACUGAGUCCAUUCUGAUUUGGACAGUUUCCUACGUAAAGAAGAAAAUGGCUGCGAAUCUGAAAUAUUGUAGCUGUUCUGUAAAGGAGAGUGAGAAACUCGUGAUUGAAUGCUAAUUGCUAUGAAUCAGGCACCACUGGAAGCACACCCUGACUUCCUUCAACAACUUUUUAUAGCAAACACUACAGGUUUUAUAUUAGAAAAAUUAAAAUUCUAUACAACACCAAGGUGCUCGAUGCUUUACAAGUGAUUCACAAGGUAUUUCAAAGGGUAGAAUAACUUUAGCUUAUGUGCUUUCUUUCUCUAAACAGUGCCACCAGGCAGGACUGACAUAACUUUGAUAAUAAUCAGUAUAUAUAUAUAUGUAUAUGUAUACAUACAUAUAUAUAUAUACAAACAUACAUGCAUAUAUAUAAAUUGGGGAUUUUGCUAUUGUGUAAUUAAACCAUUAUUAAAUCUCCGAAGGAAAAAAAACAAUCAUAAGUAAAAGAAGGAACAAAUAAAACAGGAAAGAAACCAAGAGAGGAGUCCUGGGCUGUGAACUCACUGAGUAUUGAUACAUGUAAGAAAUGUGUUGCAUGAAUAACAAACUGCUUUGCCCUGGAUUUAAAGUAUUUUGAGGUUGUGUUUUGCAAAUAUUGAAGUUACAAUAAUGGCAACAGAAAAGGAACAGAUACACAGCUUUACACUUAGCAAAAUGUUACAUUUAAAAACUGACAAGGAGCCAAGAUGGUGACUGUCUCUUCUAAACCAUAAAACAGUAAGAUUUGUGCAAUCCUCCUCCUCUUCCACCUCCUUCAGGAGAAUGAAAUGAAUCAAGACUUUGGAAAGGGGAAACUGCCGGGACUUGGCAGUACUUGAAAUAGGAGGAAUACAGCAGCCUAAAUGUACAGACGUUGUCACCGAGCCCACUAGAUCGGUCUGUGCCUUCACGUGACCACCAUCUGUGCCUCCCUCGCUCUGUCCAAAUUUGUGGAGGCAGCUCCUUGGAGCCGAGCCUAAAAAUAUAGCUACACCAGGCCCUAGAAACUGUAGUCAAGUAACAGGCCUGACUUUUGCCCCCCUCUUUGAAUUAAACGUCUAUAUGAUCUCUUUGGAGGGGUUCUGACAGGGAGGACCCAUUAUAUGUGUGUUUUCUAUUCACAGCCGGGACAUCAGAAUCUCUAAAUACUCUUGUUCUUCCCCUCCUUGCAUGCGCUGUAUCUGGAAUAUGUUUAUAGAUUUUUAGUAAAGGGUGGGCAGAGGGUAUCCAAGGAAGGUUCUGGAGGACAACGGUGGGGCGCUUAUUUAAUCAGGAACAGACUUCGAAGUUGCCCUGAAAAACCAAUCCUAACCUGUCAUGAAGCCCACCUUUCCGUUUUCCAGUGACUGCCUCUGAGCUAUUGCUAGGUCGCCAUUAACUUCUGUCAGUCGUGCUGGCUGUCGGUUUUUACUGUACUCUAAGACCUCGGUCAUAUUUCUGGAUGUACACGGGGUCUUCAGGACAGUGUUAAAAGGAGCUGCUGCCAAAUAGAUUGACUCCCAGUGGAAACAUUUGUUUGGCUGCAGGCUCAGUGUUUCAGCCUGUGAAAUGGAUACCUUGAUUCUUUUCCUCUGAUUUUCUAGUACUUUAUUAUCUCAAAUGAUCAUCUCCUUCAAAAAUAUUGGUCUGCAUUUUGGUGUUGCGAUUGCAUUUUUCUGGUGUUGAUGAAACAGUGAAUAGAAAACAAAGUGCUUUCUACAUGUUUGAGGUGGUUGUUUUUCAACGGGAUGCACAUAUGCAGAUUUUCUUUGUUAAUAAAAUUUUCAUAAUCUCUGAAAACACCUUGUUUGGAUGUGUUUUGAAGUACAUUACACAUGAACUUGCAUACAUAAAAUCUCUCAGAUGAGUGUUGGCUUCAAAGUUCCGGUUUGGGGAUAGAUGCGAACUAAUGUUCAUUUUGACUCCUUUGUUCCAGGGACUGUCUCUGUUUUGGUACAGGGCACCCACUGUGCAAGUCAAGGUUAUAAAUGCUCCCCGGGCCAGAGAGAG